AUGCCUCGUUCUCCAAAAGAAAUUAUUUACUCUGAAAAGUAUUGCGAUGAUGAGUUUGAAUAUAGACAUGUAAUAUUACCCGAGGAAAUAUACAAAACACUCGAAAAAAUCUAAAACUCUUAAAGACUCCAUACCGAAAAGGAAUGGAGAAGUCUUGGAGUGAAAGGAUCCCCUGGUUGGGUUCAUUACGAUUAUUACAAACCAGAACCACAUAUUCUGAUGCUUAGGAAAAAAAGAAUUGAUUUAAUAUCUCUAUUUCUAAAUAAAUAUAUCUAUUUAAUCCUAUGUAAUUAACUCAGCUUAUUCCUUUAGAGACAUCAUAGAAAAUCACACUUUAAAAAGUAAGUUGAUCGCCAUUAUGUUAAAUGA